AAUGCAAAGACACAACUACAAGUGUUGUGAGUGGCUUAAAAUACGUCUAGAACAGUCAGAAGCCAGUCAUCUUUCAAGAAAACUGAGGAUUGAAUUUCAAGUUUCGAUUUUAUGCAAAUAUAUACUUCCGCUUUCUUGUGCAAACUCUGCAGUAUAUAUUAACUCUGCUCACUUCAUACUAAAAUAAACCGACUAAGUUUGUUUUCUAAGCGACCUGAAGCAAAAUGGCAACAUCUCAACAAGAGGUGGACUGGCAAUCGACGAAGAAGACGGUGUUAGAACGAAGUCGUCAUAUGUUUAAUAAUCCGUUCAUGAGCGACAUCGCGUUCAGUUGUGAAGGCUCAGACAAGAAAUUCUUCGCACAUAAAUAUGUCCUCGCCACAAGUAGUGCUGUAUUUUAUGCGAUGUUUUACGGCGAGCUGGCAGAGAAGAAUUCAGUUGUUCAUCUGAGCGAUACUGACGAGGAAAGUCUGCAGGAAUUUCUACGAUUUCUUUACACGGACGAGUGUAACUUGACAACAAAUAAUGCCGUGUUUGUAUUGUACUUGGCCAAGAAGUAUAUCGUGCCCUCGCUCGUUCAGAAAUGUUUUGAAUAUUUUGACGCCAACUGUGCAGUAGAAAAUGUUUUCAUACUUUUACAGCAAGCAAUUCAAUUUGACGAAAAUAAACUUGAGGAGAAGUGCUGGGAUUUCAUAGACUUGCAAACAAGCGAAGCUGUCGCUUCUGAUGGAUUUUUUGAGAUUAAUCAAGCAACUUUAGUACAGUUAUUGAAGCGAGAACCGUUGAAAAUCAAAGAGGUUGAUCUUUUCAAAGCAGUUUUAAAAUGGAGCGAAGCGGAAUGCUCAAGAAAGGGAAUAGAAGCGAAUGCAAAGAACAAACGAGCCGCCAUGGGAAAUGCAAUCUAUCAGAUUCGUUUUGCUUCUAUGACACUUCAAGAUUUCGCUCAGAAUGUUCCCCAGUCGGGUAUACUUACACCAGAAGAAAUGCUUUUAUUCUAUGGGAAAUUGGGUGGAGCAGACAGAACGUCCGAAAUAUGGAAUAUGUCAAAAACAAGAGCAAAAGAAGAUGUCUCAAUAAGAUGUCGUAUAUUUGAUAGCUAUGUAAGUUGUGGGUUCUCAACCACAGUGAGCACUCGGGCGGACACACUAGUUGUAUCACUUAGUAAGCCAGUGAAAUUUCACGGUGUUAAAAAACAGAAGGAAUAUAACGUGAAGUUAGAGGUUUCGUCUCGAAUAAUUGAAAAGAAAUUUCAUUCAAAACAUAAUGAUUUUGGCUCGUCUGGGUUUGGUGUCAUGUUACCUGUACCAAUUAAGGUUCAAGCUAAUGUUCCUGUUCAUCUGAAAGCCACCAUAACCGGAUAUCGUUACGCAUAUUGCGACACGCAUGUGAGAAAGACAGUAGAAAGAAAUGGUAUUACUAUAAAUUUUGAAACCGAGCAAGAUAUCUGUCAGUUUGAUGAAAUUAUUUUCAGUGAAAAUUUAAAUGAAAUUCGGCAUUACAAUUUUUGAGAUAAUCGAUGAAUGAUGGUGUAAACACGGUUAAUCACAUUUUAAUACAAAAUGGAAGAAAGUAUAUGUGGAGAAAUGUUUAAGGACUGUAGGGACAAACUGAAGAUUAUAAUAGGAAACUUGGCAUUUUUAGGGGCCGACCAUUUGAUUUUUGAUUGGAAGGGGGAGAGCAUGCAAAACAAUAUUGCACAAGAAAAAAUAUCGAGCAAUACAUUUUUUAUAUGCGCUCACAAAAUACAAAAACCGCCUCCCCCCACCCCCCUUGCCCCUGUUAGGGGUUUUAGGUUUCAGCUAUACUUCCCCAAAGUAUUUUAGUUAUAAAGUAUUAAUAACGACGGACUUUUGUGUAUAAAGUACAAAUCAUUACCGACGAGUCUUCAAAAUAGACAUUUUGUGUUUGCAUUUAAUUGUGUCAAUAGUGACCAAUAGUUAUCGCUGCUAAUGCCUCUAAUUCGAUAUCGAUCAGACCUCGAGGUCGAUCACACCUCUGGUGACUCUGGUAGCCGCGAAUGGGGCCUUGUUUACUGUGUUUACACUACUGAUAUGAGUAUACUGCAUGAUUUUCGUGAAUGAAUGAGCGUGCUUAUGAGAUACCGGAUUUUAGUAUGCUUAUGAGCACGCCCAUAUAUGUACCAAAAUCUUGUAAUAUGCACCUGAGCAUGCGUAUAAGCAUAUUGCAUGAUUUUAGGUAUUCGUUAUAGCCACGGCGGUUUGUGGCUAUCACGAAUAUCGGAUUAUUUCAGUGAAACACGCAAUUUGAUUGGUCAACAGCCGUGCAGGAUCAGACAAUCCUGCACGGGAAAUUCUGAACAGAAAUUCUUGCACAUAAUUUUACAAAUAUUCUCGCAUUGUAAAGUUUCAUUGUACGAUGCCUUUCGACUUUGAAGUAAGUUUCCAAUUAUUGAGACGUUGGUUUAGUUGUAUGAAGAAAUUUCUAAUUGAUACAUUGCUAUUCAGCAAGUAGCAACCGUCUGCAACGCGUAGCGUUGAAAUUAAUCAGACCAUGGCAUGCAAGUACAACAUCUCUCGCUUCAAAGUUGAUGAAACGCUUCGCAAUCUUCACAUAUUCAGGUCGAGAAUCUUCAAAACUACUUUGCCUCUCUGUUUAGCGGGUUUUCCAUUUCAAAUUUUGUGUAUUUUAUCGAAAAAGUCCCUGUAUUUUCGCUGUAUAUUUUCGCGAAUUUGCGAUCAAAUUCUGUUCACAUAUGUUGUUGUUUUCAAUAGCGUGGAGUAGCGAUUCCCUGAUUGGUUAAUUCACGAAUGUUGUGAAAACUGCACAUUUUAUCAGUAAUUUUAAUCAAGUUAAGCGUCGUUUCACUGUAGUAAUUUUAUAAAACAAUUACCAAAUGGUUUUCUCGUGCAGGGUAGCAUGAUCCAUGCACGCGGGAUGUUGCGAGACUUUCGGAAAGCGUAAACGGAAACGGAAAACCAUUCGGUAUUCCUUUUUUUCUCCAUACCUUGCAGCCUAGGCGGUUGUGGCUAUUACGAAUAUCGGAUUUCGCCAUACCUUGCAGCCUAGGCGGUUUGUGGUUAUAAAGGAUACCGGAUUUCGGCAUACCUUAUAGCCACGACGGUUUCCGGCUGUGAAUGAUUAAAAUGACAUACAUGUCAUGAUUUAAUAGUUGAAAAUCUAAGAUAAAUCCAUUCCUCUUGGAACCAUAUACAGAAACGCCUUUGCGAGAUUUUACACAUCAACUUCCUCCAGUACUAAAAUCGUCUUUUUCCUACACGCGUAAAAACGCACAGUUUGUAACAAGUCUGCAAACAAGUUGUUACAAGUCUGUUAACAAUCUGUCAACAAGUUGUGUUCGCACUGCUUGUUCCCAGUUCGUUGUAACAAGUUUGGAACAAGCUGUUAACCACUUGUAACAAGCUUGGUGACAUUAUCAGUCUUGUUACAAGACUGUGCCAACAAGUUUGUUACAGCCAUGACAUAACAAGGAUGUUACCAGGUUGUCAACACAAGGUUUUAACAAUCUUGUUGCAUCAAGCAUGUAACGGACUUGUCAGAACAACCUUGCAACAAGUCUGAUAAUUUCGACAAGGUUGUUACAAGUUGUCACAAGACAACUUCGGCUUGCCUUCGCCGUGUUUUGAUGUUUGCGAUGUUGACUAAUCUUUACUUGCAAAACGCUUUUGUAAACAGUGAGUAAAUUAUUUGGCAUUCCAAUAUAUAAGAUGACAAAAGUUUUCUACAAGAUGUAAGAAAAUUUUCUCCGAAUAUAUUGUGUUAAAGAUUUCUUGGCAACGGUGCUGAUAACGUCAAGACUCACCGGACGCGACGCGAUUUUUAGUUUUGAAAGUUAAUAAAACAGCCAAUGAGAGCAAAUUGUGAAAUAUAUGUAGAUCAAAUAACUCAGAAUGUUAUAGCGGUUCUAAAUAUUUGGAAAAUUUAAACUAGAAUCAAAGUUAUCGGUCAGUGAAAAUCGAAAAAUAAACGUCGCAUUGUCGAAUCGCGUCCGGUGUGUCUGGACCUUUUAGACAUUUUCAAGCCGGCCUGGACUAUCUGCCACACGUCAAUCUCUUGUCACCAAACAAGGAAUAAACACAUGAUGCAUAAUAUCAUAGCUCACAGUAUGCUAAUCGCACGAGAAUUUCUCGUGACCGGAUCAAGUUCAUUUCAAUAAUAAACACUGUGCCAAAUAUGACAGGAGCCUGUGUGUUUUAGGAUUCACGUGCCGACUUUUUAGCUUUGCUCAACCGUCUGACAGUUGACCUUGUGCUACCAACAAGCUAUCAUACCAUUCUGUGUCGGGUCUGUGACAGAACCGAAGCGAAUUCAAACGGCUCGCUAACUUCGCAAGCGUUUCAAUAUGGCUAUGUCCUCUCUGUUGUCAGUUCUAUGGUUCGUUUGUUUUGUCUGUAUUUCACAAACAUACGGUAAAUUGGAACUGCCGGGGAACGACGCCGAAUGGGAAAUCUGGAAAAAGUUUCACGGUAAAGUGUACGAGAAUGAAUACGUCGAAAAUUAUCGUAAAGCUAUCUGGCAAGCGAACUUGGAGGUAAGCAGUGUUAGUUCAACUGGUUAGAGCGCUGCACCGAAAUCGCAGGGUAGCUGUAGUUUAGAAUGCCAGAUGGCCUAGGAUUUAUAAUAAAUGUACAAAAUUCACACAUGAAACUUUCAUUUACAAAACCGUUCUGAUAAUUAGUUAUACCGUUAUACCUGUGAAGUCUUUCGCGGCCUGUAUUCUAAAAGCUCACUCACUCUCAAAGAGUGGAGGUUCAAUUUGAGCUUCUCUUGAGUGUCAAUGCUGUUCUUGAAUAGCUGGAGGGUGAGUAGUCAUAGUAAGGUACGGGACUAACUCUCCAGCUUUUCAAAAACAGCAUUGACACUCAAGGGAAGCUCAGACUGAACCUCCACUCUUUGAGUGUGAGUGCGUUUUUAGAAUACAGGUUUUGUAUUUCUUUAGACUUCAGUUCUGUUGAAUUACUAAGUAGUAUGGAUUAAUAGCUGGUAAAAGUGUAAUUAAUUGGGAUUUUUGAUCGGAAUUUCUCUUUCGGAUUAGUGGGAUUUACUAUAUCAACGAGAAAUCUUUACAGGUAUUUGCUGCUUAAAAGAUAUUGUGCUUUGGAAGUGAAAUUUGCAUUUCAUUUGGCAUGCAAUUUGAAUAUGUAAAAUAGAAUGAGAAUUCUUGCGAGCAACUCUACUCCCUCUGGGGUAAAUUUUUAAGCUCAUGUGCCGAACGCAUUAAAAUUAUAAAAACAAUGGAUAGUCAGCUGAGAAAUGCCUCAUUAUAUAUUGUUUCUAAUGUGUUCGAAGAAGCGCGACGUUUGAAACAGGCUCAAGAGUUGCAUGAGAGGCCCCGCCCAUGAGAGUUGACGAGAGUCGACUGGAUCUUAGUAGCGAAAAAACUCUCAUCAAACUUUGAAUCCGUUCAAAGAUGGUGAGAAUGCACGAGAGUCGACGAGAAUUCGCUGUCAAACUCGAGCGAGAGUUGAAACUCUCACCAACCGUCUCAUACAAGGCUUUAUAUUGAGGCCCACUAAGGGGUUAUGACCGACAGGUGACAUUCCUUAAAAAGAGGUGACAGACUAUCUAAAAAAGAGCGACAAACGACAGCUUCUGACUGGGAAAAAGUGACAAAUUGCAAUUUGUGUUAUGGGUCAAAAGUGACAGCGACAUUUAUUACAAUAAAACAAGCGACAAAGCAGCCACAAAAUUAGUGACAAGCGACCUAGGUCACACCCCUGUUGGGCUUCUAUAUUGGGUACAAUAUAUAUAGAGAUAAAGAUUAAAUGACUAAACGAAUUGCAUACAGAAGCAAUGCUGUUUCAACGAGACGUUUUUACUUUUUUUGAAGCAAUGCAUGCUGUUUAUUUUUCGACGAGAAUUCGCUGUCAAACUCGAGCGAGAGUCGAAACAACCUCGUGUGGGCUGAAAUUAUCCUGGCUUGCGAGGUCGGAGUCGAAACUCUCAUCAACUCUCAUACAAGGCUUUAUAUUGCGUACAAUAUAUAGAGAGAUAAAGAUUAAAUGACUAAAAGGAUGAAACGAAAAGCAUACAGAAGCAAUGCUGUUUCAACGAGACGUUUUUACUUUCAUCCGUGUAUCCGUCCCUGCCAAAAACGGCUAGGAGAUAGAUACUUCCGCAUUCUUUUGCAACAUAUGUUCCCAUCACGAGUGUUGAAUCAUUUACGUCAUCAAAUUGUCUCAUCACUUGUGAGAAUUGACGACUCCAAAAAGUGAAGCUAAAGUAGCCCGCGUGCAGGCCCAAGGGAGUUCCCUUGGGCCUGCACACGGGCUAAAGCUAAAGCUGAUGGAAUUAUUCGACGUCAGUUUCUUUCAGUCGCCUUCUACUGUUCGUGUCUGCAAGGAGAGUGCUGAAAUUUCGUAUUUUGACUUCAAUUAUAAAAUAAUACUAUGGUUUAUGAUCUGAUAACUUGAUUAGCGAUACGGUCUGUUAGAAAAGACUGGAAUUUUAUAGCUGGGGAAAUGAUAGUAAAACUGUUUACGACUUUCAUUGGGGAGGAAGGUGAAUAGGUUUUCGGAUCGUCGGAUUUCACAGAAAAAAUUGUUCGGAUUUUGGAUCUGGCGAAUAUUUUACACGGAUUUGUGGAUCUUAUUAAUACAGCGGAAUGCGGAUUUAUCUAAUAUUUUGGCUCGGACUGUGGAUUUAGCUUGAAUUUAGUUCGGAUCCUGGCUUGUGACUUCAUAGUAGAGCUUUUAGCGGGUUCAAAUUUAGACAAGACCAUUGUCGGAUCGUGGAUUUUUCUUCAAAUCGGCGGAUUUGUAUACUCCUGUCAGAGCGCCUAUAUUCAUUGUCGUAUAGAAGACAACUUUAUAGAUGUAGCUUGGAAGAAUUUCAUAGAGUGAAUUACAAAGCCUUAAAAAACAAUAAUGGUGACUUUUAGUAUGGAAGAAAUUAAAGAAAGUGAUUCACCCUGCCAUGACACAAGAAAUAAACAGUUUGAAGACUCGCCCUUUGUAGAACCAAUUCAGCACAGCGAACAUCGCAGUAUAUGUUUUUCUUAAAGAAUGGAAUAAUAUUUCGCUAUUUGUCAAAGAAUCUAGUAGUUUUUUGGCUUUUAAGAACAACAAAAACACUUCGACUGUAUUAACUAUAAUUGAAUUCAACCUUAUUCCCACAGUUCAUCAAAGAACAUAACAAUGACAAAAGCAACUUCACAUUAGGAAUGAAUCAGUUGGGAGAUUUAACUCCAACAGAAUAUCGCGCUCUGAUGCUUGGAGCAAAGUAUCCAGGGGAUCAAGCCAAAGACACUGGCUCUACGUACCUGCCACCAAGUGGCUACAAGCUUCCUGCCACGGUUGACUGGCGUACCAAGGGUUAUGUCACGCCUGUCAAAAAUCAAGGUAAAUUGUAGCGGUUUUCAGCGUUGACAAAUGAAAUGAGAACUAUAACUGACUCGCUUAAUAACGGCCUUAUUGACGUCCUGAGAAAUUAACCAGUAAAGUGAAUAACUACCUAAUUAACUACUCAAUACUGACUAUAUAACUACUUAACGGCAAGCAUUAAUUAAUUGAUUAGCUAUACCCAAAUAAUGAACUUAUUAAGUAAUUAAUUAACUACAUAAUUAACUGACUAAUUAACUAAGUAAUUUACUAAUUAAUUAACUAAUUAAUUUUAAUUAAUUAAUUAAUUACUUAAUUAUUUAAUUAAUUAACUAACUAAAUAAUUAACUAACUAAAUAAUUAACUAACUAAAUAAUUAACUUAAUAAGGGUUAGCGAAUUAGUUAAUAAAUUAAUUAGUUAGUUAAUAAGUAAAUUAGUGUAUUAAUUAAUUAAUUAAUUAAUUAGUCAGUUAAUUAACUAAUUGACUAACUACUUAACUAAUUAGCUAAUUAACUAAUUAACAAAAAAACAACUAAUUAAAUAACUUGCUAACAAACCAAUUAAAACUAAGUACCUAACGUACUAGACGUGUGUGAUUCAACUUUUUAUUUCCUUGCAUCCAGGACAAUGCGGAUCCUGCUGGGCGUUCAGUAGCACUGGCUCAUUGGAGGGGCAACAUUUUAAAAAGACUGGUAAUCUUGUCUCACUCAGUGAACAGAAUCUGGUCGAUUGCUGCAUUGGUACAUAUGGCAACAAAGGAUGCCAGGGAGGGUGGAUGGAUAAUGCGUUCACUUACAUCAAGGAUAAUGGCGGUAUCGAUACUGAAGCGAGCUAUCCGUACUAUGGCAGAGAGCUCGGGUACUGCUAUUUCAAAUCUUCAACUGUUGGCGCCACUGACACAGGUGCGUAACUCAUCUGCGGGCUCGGUUGGGUCCUCUACCCAACCCUACAGAUUUUGCCCGGGUACUCCGGGGUUUUUUUCUCUAGGCGCUGGAUCAAUAUGGGAUGACCCUCACUGGACCUGUAGGGAGAACAGUUCUUUCCAGAAUAAAUAUGAAUUGUUUAGUUUAGAUUUCCUCCUGGAACAUUGGAUCAAUAAGAGAUGAUCCUUACUGUAGAUACUGGACCUCUAGGAAGCAGUUUAGAACUGAUAGAGCUAUCCAGUAUAAAUAAAGUUAGUUUAGUUUAGGUUUCCUCCUGUAGGAACUCUCGAUCAAUAAGAAAUUACCUUACUGAACCUCUAGGGAGAACAGUUUAGAACUGACAGAGCUAUCCAGUAUAAAUAAAAUUAGUUUAGUUUAGUUUUCUCCUGUAGUAACACUGGAUCAAUAAGAAAUUACCUUACUGAACCUCUAGGGAGAACAGUUUAGAACUGACAGAGCUAUCCAGUAUAAAUAAAAUUAGUUUAGUUUAGUUUAGGUUUCCUCCUGUAGUAACACUGGAUCAAUAAGAGAUGAUCCUUACUGGACCUCUAGGAAGAAUAGUUUAGAACUGAUAGAGCAAUCCAGAAUAUAAAUAAAUUUAUAGUUUAGUUUUGGAUUUUUUACUAGGGAUAUUUUUGUGAGAUUUCUGUGUUUUGUGGAAACAUGUUGUUUAAAUUUUCCCAAAACGUACACAAGAUUUUUGCUUGAAAUCACCCAUCGCUAAAAAUUCCAUCUUAAGUCACCAGUAUGAUAAAUAUUUCAGGUCACAUGGAUAUCACAAAGUACUCGGAACAAGACCUGCAAAUAGCAGUCGCGAGCAUCGGUCCUAUCUCUGUCGCAAUCGACGCAAGCCACCAAAGUUUCCAACUUUACCGAGAUGGCGUUUACUACGAAUCAGCAUGCAGCACCACCCUGCUUGACCAUGCCGUGUUGGUGGUAGGAUAUGGUAGUUUGAAUGGUCAAGACUACUGGCUGGUCAAGAAUAGCUGGGGUACAAAUUGGGGCAUGGAUGGUUACAUCAUGAUGGCGAGGAACAGAAAUAAUCAAUGCGGAAUAGCUACGACUGCUAGCUAUCCACUGGUUUAA